UAAACUACGUGUACCUCUAUUAUUGACGAAUCGCAGACGGGCCUAGAGGCACAGAAAACUGCCAGGUUGUGUUCAAUUCAAACCCACAAUUAGACAGGAAUUGAGGGCAUGCACAUCAGCCCAGCAUAGGGAGUAACCAAGUCGUCGCAAAUAUAACCCACCACCUCUCCACCACGGGACCAAUCCAGGUAUCCCAAUCAGGUAUCCCAAUCAGGUAUCCCAAUCAGACUUGCCCGAUUUGAUCCCUUGGUAGUAGUAGGAGGGUUCAUCCGUCCAUCUCAGAUCUCUGCACCCAUCACGAGGAUUCAGGAGGUCGAUUCAUUGAUUGGAGGUGGUCCUUGUGUCUCGCGGAAUCCGUGCUAGCCCAAGUUCUGUUUGGAGAUCACCCGCGGAUUCAUCAUGGAUGAGGGCGGUUUUGAUCCUUGCGAGUGCAUCUUCAACCAUGAGAUGGCCAUGCGCCGACUUCUGUCGCUUUUGCGUCAAUCCCAAUCCUAUUGCACCGACAACGAGUGCUUACAGGAUGGCGGCUUGCCGGGUCCGACCCCAGGUGUAGGCGGUGGCUUGGGCGGUGACGGCUCAUUUCUGAUGAUGACCAUGGCUUGGAUGUUCGUGGCCAUGGUGUUGUUCUUCUUGCGACCGAACUCGUUGCGCCAUGAUGCGGGCCCGAACAAACCCGGCUCUCGGGGCUCAGACGGCGACGACCACCCGGGCGCGUCGGGAUCCAACGAUCCCGAACCUCCCGCCGUCAUGUGAGUGCCCACCGACUUCCUGCCCGAUCGCCCGAUUACCCGAUUGACCAGUCCACCCGAUGGACUCAAGACGAAAAUGACAAACAGCAGAAGAAACCCUUGCACACUCUCAGAUCUGUGAUGGAAGCCGGACCCUAUUUUGUACACCCGUGCGGUCUCGACCCGAUCGAGCAUCGGGACGACCAAGCCGCUAUUCGCACUUACCUUCAUUUUAUAGCUUAUGUUUCAGUUGAAUUAGAACGCUGCGCUUCAUUUUAAAUAAUACCUUGAGGACUAAAUUGUCAAUGUGGCCAGCCCAUAUACCCUCAA